UGGCCACCCUGCACGAAGGGGACGAUUUCGGGCAGCUGGCGCUGGUCAACGACGCCCCGCGCGCGGCCACCAUCCUCCUGCGCGAGGACAAUUGUCACUUCCUGCGCGUGGACAAGCACGACUUCAACCGCAUCCUCAAGGACGUGGAGGCCAACACGGUGCGGCUGAAGGAGCACGGGAAGGUGGUGCUGGUGCUGCAGAAGGACCUGCAGGGGGGCAGCGGCCAGGCGGCCUCGGCGCGGAGCAGCAGGUACCUGGUGAUGGCCGGGACGCCCGAGAAGAUCCUGGAGCACCUGCUGGAGUUCAUGAGGCUCGAUGCCACCCUCUACGACCCCGUGGACACGCUGCUGGGCGAUUUCCUGCUCACCUACACCGUGUUCAUGCCGACCUCGCAGCUCUGCCGGGCCCUGCUGCACCAUUUCCGCGCGGAGCCGCUGGAGGGCUCGGAGCAGGACAAGGCCGCYUAUUCCCUGCGCAAACGGCGGAAAAUCCUGCGGCUCGUCAGCCAGUGGGUGCUGCUCUACGGGCGGCUGCUGCAGGGCGACCGCAGCACCACGGGGCUGCUGCAGAACCUGGCGGACCUGGCGAGCCGCGACCCCCGGUUGGGCGGGGAGCAGGGCCAGGA